CUCUUCUCAAGUCCCAACUGAGAAACACAGCAAGACUUAGCACAGAAAUAUUGUGCAUACAUCUCAGUACUCCUGAUCUAUUAUUUCCUUUUCAUCAAUAAUGGCUCAAUUGGUGAUCACCAACAACUCCUCUCAAAUGCUCCACCUGAUGAAGCCCAACAAUCAACAGAUCAAAACAGCCGCAGGAAGAGGAAUUGGCACCUGGAAACCCAGAAACAGAAGCCCUCCUUCUCAGAUCAAUGUUGUUCUCAAGGCAGCUGCAUUUAAGAAAUGGUCGAUGAUAAGUCCUGCAAACUCCACCAAUCGUCGGAGCAACAUGACUGUUCCAGAGCAGCCCGAAUCCAUCAUUUCCUAUCUUCAGGCUGCUGACGUUCUUCUCAAAGUAGAAGCAAGCCCACCGCCAGUGGAUAAAGGCAGUGGUAGUCAAACCAACAGAAACAAUCCCACUGUUAGACCCAAGGAGUUAUCAACUAAAGAAAAUGACAAAGUGAACAAGGAACUCAAGGAUAAAACAAAGCAGGAAAACUAAUCCUUCCUCUGAUCGUCAGACCAUUCAAGGAUCGAUCGAUGUGACCAAUUAAUUAUAAGUAUACACAUCCAGAGAAGGGAACCACCGAGUUCUCAUGGCCAAAUCCAUGAGAAAGGCCGCUAGCUAGCUAUAUGCAUGGUGGAGUUAUAUAUAUGUUGUGCUCCUCUACUAUAUAUAAUUAGUAAUUAGACAGAUAUAUAUAGCUCUACUAAUUAAUUAGCUAGUUUCUAGCCCAUCUGUGUGGACUUUCUACUGUUUUAAGACAACUCUACCUCUUGUUUGUAUGCAGUGUGUAUAUCAAGAAAGCACUAGCUUGUCUGUGUGUGUAUUGGGAUUGGAAUUUAAUUGUUUUGAAGCUGUGUUUAAUAAAAAUUCGGAAAAAUUAAUAUGGGCUUUCCAAAAUCCAAACGCCCAGAUCA